AUCCCGCUAUUUCUUUAUGUAGGAAUUACAAGUGUCUAAGUAUCAGAAUGAUAAGAGAAUAAAUUUUAAAAUAUUGAGUAAAAUUAACUUAGUUUAACUCAUAAGAACCGAAAAAUGACAACAUUUUCCCACAAGAAGUAUGCUCUAGAGUACUUCCAAAAGUUCGGACAUUUCCCCAAAAAAAUACUCUAAAAAUUUUCAGACUCAAUUCUCAAUUUUCUCUUUCUCUCUUCCUUUCCCCGAUUGCGCAAAUGUAAUUAGAACAACUUUGUGAGUUGAGGCCGGCAUUGAAUAGAGGGCGAUUGCUGAAAUGCAAAUGAAAUUGAAGUAUUCGGACUUUCCUAUAUGAAUCCAAAGUCAGACAAGAAAAUCUCUUGUUGUCCCUUUCGCAUAACUUCGUGCCUGCACUUACUCAGAUAGCGAAAGGAACAGAGAACAUCUUCUCCCACCUCGACCCCCCACCCACCCCUGUCAUUUUAUGCAAUCCAAAGUUUUUUGUCUUUUAACUUCUUGUCUUUCUUUAUAAUUCAACCGUAAUCACCGCCAUUUUCAGCGGGAAAAAUUCUGCUUACCAUGUUCCAAUUAUUUUUUGACCUUUCACUUUAUUAACGAUGUUGUGUCAUAACGUUGGGGAGUAGCUUCUGAAUGAACAAAAUCCAGUUGUUGGCAUGAAUUUGGGUUUAGUAAAUUUUCGUAAUUGAAUUGCUCUUAAGAGCAAGCAGGCCGAAGGCUUUAGGGGUUUUCAAGUACUAGGCCUGUUUUGUGCAGGUGAGAGUGAGUAUUAUAAUCUGAUGGAAAGUGGUGAAGUUCUUUGAUCAUAAGAUAUACUAAUUUAGAACUGCAAAAUUUGAAGCUGCUCGACGUACUAGCCCCAUAACGGAGUUAAAUCCGAUAGUGUUUUCAAACUUAGGAGAGGAUUUCGAUCGAGUUGUUUCCGAGUUGGUUGUUUUACUAUUGUAUUACUUGAUUCUGAUGGCUCAGCCUAAUUCUAAGCCACACAUUAGCCAUAAUUUUGGUGUGGGAGCUUCUCAUACAAGGUCUUUAUCUCAACCGAGUAUUUUCUCAAACAAUGGCCUUCCCCCAUUGAGCCCGUUCCCUCAUAGCGAGUCAUCUUUGGCAUCAGCCAACUCUAGUUUGAAGGACACAUCGAUGGAGGAAGUUGAUGUUAGUUCUCGAGCUCCACCUUUUGUCUCCUCUUUCACAAGGGAAAACACAUUUCGAUGUAGUGAUAGUCGUCCACCUAAGAAAGGGCAUCGUCGCUCUAAUAGUGAUGUUCCGUUGGGACUUUCAGCUAUGAUUAAGUCUUCACCUCAGUUAGUGGCCAUAAGUGGCCUGGGAGUUUUGGAUGGAGCAACGCUGCUCGGAGAUCCCUUGCGAAGGAAAUCAGGGGGAGAGGUCGUGGACAAGUUGUCUUCGUACAUGAAUCUGGAAAACAUGGAGGCAUUGAACUCUUCUAUUACUGAGGAUAAAGUUAAGGAUAGCAUUUCCAGUCUCACAAAGUUAACUGGUGGCAACAACAGCAAUAAAAAAGCAGAAAGUGUCUCGAAAGGAACUAGUAUCAAGAGGAGUGCUGAUGCAGAUAUUACUCGCUCCACCCGACAUUUUAGGAGUCUUUCAAUGGAUAGUGCUGUUGGAAGUUUUCACUACGGUGAUGAGUCACCAAAAUUACCAACUUCCCUGGUAAACUGUCCGGGGAAGCUUUCAUCAAGUAGUUCUGGAAAUGAUAACUCAGACAAGAUCAAUUUCGACUUAGGCAAUGGUGAAUUUAGUGAAGCUGAGAUGAGAAAGAUUAUGGCUGAUGAAAGACUAGCAGAGAUUGUAGUUUCAGAUCCUAAACGUGCCAAAAGGAUACUGGCCAACCGUCAGUCAGCUGCUCGAUCCAAGGAACGUAAAUUGUGUUAUAUUUCAGAAUUGGAACAUAAGGUUCAGACUCUUCAAACAGAGACAACCACUUUGUCCACACAAGUGACCAUUCUACAGAAAGAUUUUACUGAGCUUACAAGUUUGAACAAUGAGUUGAGAUUUCGCCUUCAAGCCAUGGAACAACAAGCACAACUCAGAGAUGCUCUGCACAAGGCAUUAACUGCAGAAGUCCAUCGUCUAAAGUUUGCGAUGGGGGAACUUAAGAAAGAAGGAAGGUUGCCUAAUAGUAGUAGGGCGCAACAGAUGCCGGUGAAGCCUAAUAUUUUUCAGAUGCAGCGUCAGCAGUCUAGUGAAAUCCAACAAUUUUCUGUAGCGAAACCAAACACUGCAACAAAGGCUUCAGCUACACCUGCAUCAGCCUAGUGGUGGUGAGACAUAUUAUUGGUCUCAAACUGUAAACAGUGCUAAAAUGUUGUAUUUAUACAGCUUUGUAUCUUUUUGGAUAGUAUUUAUUCAUUCACGUUAUAGACCAUUCAUAUGUUAUUGCACUGACUAUAAUGAAAAUUAGAGUCGUACUUUACGCCAUUUGUUUUUUUA